AAGAAAAACAAAUGGACUCGUAGAAGGGCCAGGUUGGGCUCGUAUCUAGUUCUCAAAUUGUCUGGCCCUGUUCAAGGUCCGAGUUGGGCUUGGACCUAGUUCUCAAAAGGUCAAUCUUACCCAGUCCAUUCGGUCCUGGACAUGCCAUGCUAUUAGCAUGGAUCCGGAGGCGAUCGCUAAAUUCUCCGAAGUAUCAACCAAAACCAUUGUUUGUAAGCAAUUGGUCUCCUGUUCUCUCCCCUGAUGUGAUAAUGCUGCUCCGACGACUGCCUUCAACCGCCGUUUCAAUAACAACCACCGCUCUUUGCUGGCGUUAUACUUCUCCUUACUUCUUCUCCACUCAGCCCCGCUUCCAAUCCCUCAAUUCUCUCGGCUGUUACCCUAAACUUAGCCUCCUUUCCUUUAGCUCGGCUUCCCACAUUUCGUCAGAAUUCGCCGACUUACUCGCCGAGCAAUACUCCAAACGCGGACCUCUUAAACCUGGACUCUAUCUCGUUGGAACGCCAAUCGGAAACCUUGAAGAUAUCACUUUACGUGCUCUUCGGGUCUUGAAAUCAGCUGACGUCAUACUCUCGGAGGACACGCGGCAUUCCGGGAAGUUACUUCACUAUUACAGAAUUAAAACUCCUCUUCUAAGUUAUCACAAGUUUAAUGAAUCUCAAAGAGAACAAACGGUUUUAAAGAGGUUAAGGCAAGGCGAGGUCGUAGCGUUGAUCAGCGAUGCAGGAAUGCCAGGCAUUAGCGAUCCUGGCACAGAACUGGCAAAGAUAUGUGUGGAUGAAAACAUUCCUGUGAUUCCAAUUCCUGGACCAUCUGCCUUCAUAACUGCUCUUUCUGCCUCGGGGUUGUCCACUGAUGAGUUCACGUUUGUUGGAUUUCUUCCAAAGCAUGCUGGUUCACGGAAGGAGAGGCUGAUGGCUUCUGCAAGUGAAAAAACGACGCAAAUAUUCUAUGUUCCUCCUCACAAGCUUCGUCAGUUUCUCGAAGAAAGUUCCCCUAUUUUUGGUGACUCAAGACGAUGUGUCAUAGCUCGGGAACUAACAAAAAUACAUGAAGAGUUUUGGCGUGGCACUCUAGGGAAAGCGAAAGAAGCUUUUUCAACUCACCAGCCAAAGGGAGAAAUUACACUCUUGAUUGAAGGCAAUGCAAAUUGCAGUGUGGAAACUCCAUCAGAGUGUCAGUUAGAAAAUGACUUGAGGGAAUUGAUCUCCAGUGGCCAUUGUCUUUCUUCCGCAGUCAAAUUGGUGGCUGAAGGAACAUCAAUGAAAAAGAAAAUGAUAUAUUCACUUGCCUUGAGAAAAUUCGCUAAGAAAAUUGAUGCUGAGGAUUCAAAAUAAUGGCAAUCAUGCUGUUGAGUGACAUGAAAUGCUAGCUGCUUCGAACUCAAUGGAAAUCCAGUGCUAGGCUAUUUUUUGGAUGUCAAUGGGGUGCCAUAAUUCGAGCAAAAGUCUAUAUUCGCUAGAGAGCAGGCCAUAUCAAAGUUAUGGAGCAGU